UGCCUCCACCUCAAUAGCCUGCAAGCUACAAAGAAUACAACUGCGUUGGUGUAGUGAGGGGGGCAUGUCCCCCCUCUAAACUACCCUGUCUUCUACUGAAAGACAAGUGAGUCCUAAAUCAUCAAAUGCCACAGCAGUGCAAAAGAGAUCAUGGAUUUGGAAGGCUCCUGGAGGAAGGAACAUCUCGGAUUAAAUGUAAGACCCUCCCAUUUCACUGCUGGUAAAAGUCUUUCCCAGGCAGGAUUGAGAUACAGAAGAAUCCAGAAAGUUACAUGGAGCUCCCAGGCAGGAAUGAGAAGAAUUUCCAGACUGGAAGACUAGACGAGUAUCACAGCAGUAUGAGAGAACAGCAGCGAAGGGAAAUGGGGAGGGCAAAAUGAUGCUGGGAAAACUCCUCCUAUAUUGCUUUCACUUCUCGUUACUUUCUGCUGAAAUUGCACAGAGGCUGUGGACAAGCACGCUAAAGAGUGUUUUAUAUCUGUACUGUGGCAAUACAUCCAGUGAGAAUGGCUAAUGGAACAGUGAUGUUCAUUUCCCCAACUAGUGGCAACGUAAUCCAAGCAGGCCAGGGGAUCCCUGGUACCGUUAUCCAACCAGCAGGGACAGUACAAUAUGUACAAUUUGUAGGCCAGCCAGUUGGAAGCCCCAACAACCAACCUCAACAGAAUCCUCAAGCAGGGUUGAUGGAGAAACUCCGCAAAGUGGAGACCAAGACUUUGGGAGCCAUCCAGAUCAUGAUUGGACUGAUACACAUUGGCUUUGGGGUUGUCUCAAUUUUUAUGUUUGAUUUGUGUUACACAUCUCUUGCUGCUUUUGGAGGUUAUCCUUUCUGGGGUGGACUAUUUUUCAUUGUUUCUGGAUCCCUGUCCGUAUCAGCUGAGAAACAUCUGACCAGCAACUUGGUGAAAUGCAGUGUGGGAAUGAACAUCACAAGUGCUGUAAUGGCAGCAGUUGGCACCUGUCUCUAUAUAUGUGAGCUAAUUAUAAACAGAAGUUGGAUUAGGUGCUUUGAGCCAGUUGGUACUGCCAUUGCCUGCCUGCUUCUCUUGUUCAGCUUGCUGGAGUUUUGCAUCACUGUUUCUACAGCACAUUUUGGAUGCCAGGCAACCUGCUAUAGCAGUGACACGAUUGCCAGCAGAGUAAACACUGCUCUCUGUGUCGUGCUCUUUUUGUUCACCUUGCUAGAGGUCCUCAUCACUGUUUCAGUAUCGCAUUUUGGGUGCAAGGCAACCUGCUGUAACAAUGAGAUAGCCACAGCUUUUGAGCCCUACGUUAUCGGAAAUGGCAUGGCCCCUGCUGAAAACAAUCCAGUUCCACCUGCCUUUGCUGAUAUAGUGCUUUCUUCCAACAUUCUUAGUAAGGAACCCAAGAGAGAAGUUAUGGAAGGUACCCCACCACCACCAUCAGCAGUCUCAGAAGUAAAAUGUUAUUGACUCCGAUCAAUACCUGCAAAUAGAUAAACAUCUUCCAAAUCCAGCAGGAGUGGACCAGAGGUAGAAAUUGUGAUGAAGGUAUCUAUUUGAGCUCAAACCCAGGUCCCUCCGGAGUCCAGAGCAACGUGAAAUCACUCCACUUUGAUUCCCCAUUCCCAGAGUUUUCAAAUGCAUGGUCAACAGUAGGGCAGGUUCUACAGAUACUGUGGCCUUUGUUUAGGCCCUAGUUGCUGUUGAUUCUCCAGUAUAUUCAAGGCCAUCAGGCAUCAAGAAAAAUGUAGUUCUGGUAGUUCCUACUUCCCACUAUCCCUAGACUUCGCUGCGCUUGCUCAGAAAGGACCACAUGGAUGCCCUGCUACCUAUCAAACUCUCACCCACCAUAUAACAGCAUCAAGGGAUGCAAUGAAAGAUGAGAAAUGUAGUUCCCAUAGUCUCUAGUUUCUCUAUAAAUUACUGUUCAUACUCACCAUUGUAGCCAGAGACAUUUGGAACUAAGAGCACCCAUGGUUCCUGGUAGGUCUCAAUGUGGCUGAGCAUGAGUACUCCCUUGUCUCCACCAGCAGAACAAUCUAAACAUGAAAAAAGGGGUACUGGAGAGGGGCAUGCUUGGAUGUUGCUAUCAGGGCCUCAUCUGCACCAGACCAAACUCAGGAUCAAAUUAUCCCCCAAAUUGUUUCUGGUGUGCACUGACAACAAUAAUCCUAUUCAGGGCUGGCCCCAGGUAUGCCGGGGCCCUUGGGCAUCAGUUUGCCCUGGGCCCUGGUGUGUGCACAUGCACGCACGCACACUUCCACCCCCCACAUACCUGUCUCCUGUCUUUUACCAUUGCCAUUAACCAGGAUGGAGGCCAUGGUUUCCCUAAGGGGAUGAAGCCUCCGCUGCCAUCUUGGUUGAUGGCACGC